AUGACAAGUAUGCGAAAAGCUGGAAUUAGCACUACUGACAUAUACAACCUAAUGGCUGACCAAUCCGGAGGAUUUGAAAAAAUCAAUGCACUUAAAGUUGACAUGUAUAAUGAAAUGACAAAGAAGAAACAAAAGGAGCAGUCUGAUGCCAAAGCUGUGCUAGUGUAUCUAAAGGGACUUGGUUCAGGUGAUGCUGGGAUGUUUUGGUCGCACCAUGCUGAUGAAGAAGGGAAAUUGAAACAACUCUUUUGGGCUGAUGGGAUCAGCCAUAUGGAUUUUCAGGUAUUUGGUGAAGUUCUUGCAUUUGAUGCAACAUACCGAAAGAAUAGGUACGGAUGUCCCAUUGUUAUUCUAGUUGGAGUUAAUCAUCAUUGUCAGACGAUUGUAUUUGGCACUGCAGUUUUGACUAAUGAGAAAGAGGAGAGCUAUGUCUGGGUACUUGAGCAAUUUUUGGCAGCAAUGAAGGGUAAAGAACCUAGUGCAGUUAUCACCGAUGGGGCUCCCGCAAUGCGAAAUGCUAUUACCCGAAUAUUACCUAAAGCUCAUCACCGAUUGUGUGCAUGGCACCUUUUACAAAAUGCCCAAAGAAAUAUUGGGGACCCAAAUUUUGUGAAAGGGUUUAAAAGUUGUAUGUUGGGUAACUAUAGUGUUGGACACUUCAAAAAAAAGUGGUUUCAAUUGAUUAGCGAUCUAAAUCUUGAAGACAAUCCUUGGGUUCAGGGGUUGUAUGAGAAGAGGCACAUGUGGGCUACUUGUAUGAUGCGGGGGAAGUUCUUUGCUGGUUUUCGAACAACCUCUCGUUGUGAAGGUAUGCAUUCUCAAAUUGGUAGGAUUGUGCGGUCUCGAAAUAGCUUGCUUGAGUUUGUACAAUACUUUGAGCGGUAUGUGAAUUAUAUGAGAUGGAGAGAGGUUGAUUCAGAUUACAAGUCGGUGGUAGGGGAUGCUGUUCUGCAGACCAACGUGCGUGCGCUAGAACGUUCUGCUGCAAAUGUCUAUACAAGGACUGUUUUUCUAAAAUUUCGUUCGUGGCUGAAUAGUGGAAGCGUAGUGAAGGUUGCUGCAUUGAAGGAGACGUCUUCAUGUAUCAUAUAUUCAAUGUACAGGUAUUGUAAACCUGGUAAGUUGUGGUAUGUCGCACAUGAUGAAAAGAUGUCCACUUUCAGAUGUUCAUGUCAGCGGAUGGAAACCUUUGGUCUUCCUUGUGAUCAUAUCAUUGGCCUGUUGGUACAUCUUGACAUUGAUGUCAUACCAGACAGUUUAGUGUUGUCAAGAUGGUGUAAGGCAGCAAAGGAAGGUAUGAUAGGGAACUCUGAAUCGUCAUUCAAAUUUUGGGAGUCCAUAGUUUUGGCUAGGCUUGGGUCAUUGGUGAUGAGAAGUAGCGAAAUGUUUAACCUCGGCUGUGAAUCAAUGGAGGACUACCUAGACACCGUUGACAUGAUGGCGAAGCAUGUUGAGAAAUUGAAGGCUAAGAGGAUUGCAGAAAAUGUCGCUGCCGUUGAAGAGGAUAAUGUGACACCCAUUGACGUGAAGAAUCCAGAUGUUGUUAGGAGCAAGGGAUGUGGUGGCACCCGAAGUGUGAUUGGGAACAAAGGCAAAAGAAAGUGCACUGUGUGCAAGCAAGAGGGUCACAAUAAAACAACUUGCUCUCAGAAUAAACGACAAAAAGUUUCAGCAGGAUCUGGUAGUGUUGCAGCGGGUAAGGGUGCACGAGGUGCUGAUUCGGGACUGUAG